CAGACGACGAGAUGGGUAGCGGAGCGAGCGCAGAGGAUAAGGAAAUGGCCAAGAAGUCCAAAGAGCUGGAAAAACAGCUCCAGGAAGAUGCUGAUAAAGAAGCAAAAACCGUCAAACUUCUGCUGCUGGGUGCUGGUGAGUCAGGGAAGAGCACCAUUGUAAAACAGAUGAAAAUUCUCCAUCAAGGUGGUUAUACAAAAGAAGAACAAAUGGAGUUUCGAUCUAUUAUUUUUGGCAACAUCCUGCAAUCUGCUCUGGCCAUCAUCAGAGGCAUGGAGAUGCUGGAUAUAAACUUUGGGUCACCAGCAGCACAGGAGGAUGGUCAGAAGCUCCAGAACUUGUCUGACUCCAUUGAGGAGGGAUCCAUGCCUCCAGAGCUGGCCGAUGUUAUCAAAAGGCUAUGGAAGGAUUCGGGUGUGCAGGCCUCGUUUGAUAGAGCUGCUGAGUACCAGCUGAACGACUCUGCUGGAUACUACUUGAGCGAAAUGGACAGAAUCUGCAAACCUGACUACCUCCCCACUGAGCAGGAUGUGCUGAGAUCUCGAGUCAAGACUACUGGUAUCAUUGAGGAGCAGUUCUCCUGCAAAGAGCUUCACUUCAGGAUGUUUGAUGUGGGUGGCCAGAGGUCAGAGAGGAAGAAGUGGAUUCAUUGUUUCGAAGGUGUGACUUGCAUCAUCUUCUGUGGAGCCCUGAGCGCUUAUGACAUGGUGUUGGUAGAAGAUGAUGAAGUGAACCGCAUGCAUGAGAGUCUCCAUCUCUUCAACAGUAUCUGCAACCACAGGUUCUUCGCCACAACUUCCAUUGUGCUUUUCCUCAACAAGAAAGAUCUUUUCCAGGAGAAGAUCAAGAAAGUCCACCUGAGUAUCUGUUUUCCUGAAUAUGACGGUCCAAACACAUACGAAGAUGCCAGCAACUACAUCAAGACUCAAUUUAAUGAUCUGAACAUGAAGAAGGGAGUGAAAGAGAUCUAUGCACACAUGACCUGCGCCACAGACACAAAGAAUGUCGAGAUCGUGUUUAACGCCGUGACAGACAUUAUCAUAAAAGAAAACCUUAAGGAUUGCGGUCUGUUCUAAAUACGAUCUACUUUUUCAAAGGUAUGUUUCCUAAAAAAAAACAAAGCAGAUUCUUACUGUCUACACUGGACACAAAAGGAACAUUUUAAGUAGAUAACUCAAAAACACCUUCAGUUGAUGAAAGCUCCAUUUUUAUUUUUUACUAUCUAUACUUCUAACUGUGGUAGUAAACAAGCAUUUUGUAAUAUUUGACUUUUUCAGAUCUUUCUGCCCCAUCCCCACCAGCAUGAUUGGAUUGACUCUGGUGAAGUUGCCACAAUAACAAAAGAACAUCCACAGGUGGCGUAAAGGUGAACUCUACAGCAAGCGGUCAAGUGUGGUCAGCGGAUCCCCGGCCAAAGAACAACCUCAACAACUUUACCAAACCUCAGAGACUAGUUCCAGAUUAGACUAAUGGCCUCUGCCCUGUCAAGGGACUCUAAAACAUUUCCAAAUACAACUAGUAGAGACAACGAGAGAAGGAUUACCAAAGGAACGGGACUUUUGAUGCUAUGAGUUAUUGAUGCUUGUAGAGAAGCUUCCUCUUGAUGUGUUUUAAUGUUAAACCUAUAGAGGUUUGACGGUUAGAUGUUUUUUUUUUUCUUCCCCCAUUCAUUUCCAGAAAAAGAAAAGUAAAUUUAAUUGCUCUAUUAAAAAGAUCGAAGUGGGACCCCGUCAGAUCCCAUGGUAGCAAUUAGAAACAUUCUUAUAUGUACAGCAUCUGGUUUCCUUUGAGAGAGUUAAAACUUGCAUAUCAGCAAGACGUGAUUGUAUGAAUUCAGCCAGCUCACACAAUAUAUGAAAGAUGUUUCUUUUUCAGCCCCAAAUACAGUAGGGCAGUAUGUUUUGUAAAUAAGAGUAGGAAAAAAAAAUCCGUUUCAAAAAAGGUUCUAUAUAAAAUAUAUAUGGCGAAAUAAAUAUAUAUAUUUAUGAUACAGUAUUACAGUAACAAGUGAAAAUUCUAGAAUGGCUGUUGCUUUGUUUAAAACCUGAGGUCUGAAUUUGUGGAGAUGUUUUGGAAUGUAAAUGUAGGCACAUGAAAUAAAGACUUGCAUCAAUUUCACUGCUUGCUGGUGUUGAAUUAAUAUUA